CGCGCGUGCCCGGUGGAGCCCGCACGCGCGGUCGAGCCCGCAACGCCGGGCCCUGCAGUGCCUGCCUCCUCCGCGAAGGCCUCCUGGCGCUUGGGCUGAGCCAGCCCCCUGGAGUCCCCCAGCCGGGGGUGGGAGAAGCUGCAGUCUGUUCGCCUGCCCAUCCCGGCGCCCGGCCGUCAACAGCAGGCACACAGAGGGCGCCUACUGAGUGUGUGAGCCCCACGGUAGGGCAGGGCCCCUGCGAGGGGGAAGCAGUCACGGCAGCGGCCGGGGCGCGCUCUGCGCUCCCGGGUCCGCCCGCGCGCAGGGUGAGCGCGGCGGCGCCCGUCCGCAUGUCGCAGAGGGGGAACCGCAGACCAGAAGCGACGGGCCACCACAGACGGAGUGCGCUGGGUCCGCCUCCGCCGACUGCCCUCGCGGGGCGGUCCUCAGAGGCCCUAGCAACGCCGCGAGCCGCCGUGUUGCAGCAACAGGCCGGUAGCCAAGGUGGCACUGCGCUUGGGUCAGAGGUCCUUUUGCUUAUGGAGCGUGCGGCAGCCACAAGCCCCAGGGCACAGCCCCCACCCUGGGCCACUGAGAAUGUUCUGCCACGGGCCGAGGACUGGACCACGAGCCUCAGGGCAGAGCGUCCCCCGGACCUACAGCUGAGUGAGGAGCAGCGGCUGCAGGCCAGUGAGGGGCCCUGGGGUACCAGCAGCAAGGAGGGCCCCACAGACGCCGCCUCUUACUCGGGCCACCCACAGAUCUCCAAGGAGUUGGUUGACCUGCAGAUCACAGCCCAUCACCUGCGGGAGCAACACGAGGUUGAACUCUUCGAGCUGAGGAGUGAGGUCCUAAGGCUGGAGAGCCGGGUUCUGGAGCUGGAGCUGCGUGGAGAUUGUGCAGCCCCGGCAGACACUGGCCUGGGGCACCGCCAGGAGCUGGCACAGGGGCCCGGGCACAAGGCCCAGGAGCAGGGACACUCCAUCCACCAGAGACCCCAGCUGCAGGGAGAAUGGCAGCGAGUGCUGGAGAAGCACAGGGCCCAGAAGCAGGCACUGGAGACCCACGUGGCAGACCUGGGUCGGCAGCUGCAGGGAGCCCGAGAGGAGGCCAGGACAGCGGGACAGCGACUGGCUGCACAAGCCACGGUGUUGUCUGCCUGCCAAGGCCAGCUCCGCCAGGCCGAGGAGGAGAAUGCCCAGCUGCAGCUGCAGCUCAAGAAGCUGAACCAGGAGUAUGCAGUCCAGCUGCAGCGAUGUGCCCGAGGCGUGGCAGAGUCUACACGGGUGCCAGAUGCAGCUGCCCUUCGGGCUUUCCUGGAGAGCACUCUGGAGGACAUCCGGGCAGCGCACCGCAGCCGCGAGCAGCAGCUGGCCCGGGCCGCUCGUGCCUACCGCAAGCGCCUGGCAGAUCUGAGCUGUAGACAUGAGGAGCUGCUGGCCAACCACAGGGUGCAGCAGGUGCUGGCAGACCCCAGGGGGGCACUCGGGACCCCCAAGGCUACCUCUGAUGGAGCCAUCUCAGACCCGGAGCCACUGCCUCUGCAUCUGGUCACUGAACCCAGUCACCUACCAGAGAACCAGGCCAGGCUGGAGAAGCAGCUGCGGAAGCUCCAGGCCCCGAGGGGACCCAGUGGAGCCUCCCAGGGGAGCUCGGCAGAGCCACAAGGCCAGGAACCUGCAUCCUGGGCCCAGAUCCACCAGAAGCUCCGGGACUUCUCCCGUGGCACUCAGGCAGAGCUGGAAUGUGAGCGCGCACAGCUGCUAGUCCGGGCCGUGAGGGCUGAGGAGCAGCUAUCUGAGCUACAGGAGUAUGUGGACCAGCACCUAGGCAGGUACAAACAAGAGAUCCUGAAGCUGAGGAAGCUAAUGCGUACAGAGGACGCCGCCGAAGUGGGGGCCGCACCUCCACUCAAGCCCCAGCACCCAAAGACCCGCAGCCGCUAGCCAGCUGUUGAAUUCGCACAGCACAACUCUUCACGGCGGCGGCCAAGGAACCCUCCUCAGAGCACCCCCUUGAAUGCAGAGGUCAUUCCACCCAACCCUCCACCCAACAAGAGUCAGGACGCA